AUGCAACUCUUCACUUCCGCUGUCGCUCUCCUUUCUAUGGUUAUGGCCAUUACGCUUUUAACUGUUGCCGCUAACAAGCAUUGUGGUGAUCCACUGUGCUGGAAGAAAGUUGGUAAUGCCUCUUACUGUAAGGAUUACCAGCAAAAUCCAGCUGGGCGUGUUUGCCAUACUCUCGAUCCCAAGGACACAAGAAUGAUCCCCUGCGAAUGUCCUAAGCCAACCCCCACCACAACUACCACUACUCAAUCACCGACACCUCAUAGACCUUGUCAGGGCGGUGAUUCAUUCUGUGACAUGGCGACAGGCGGUGGUGUCUGCGAGAGGUUCCCGAGCAAAGAGCACGGCAAUGCCAUGGGGGUUCACUCCGCGCUCCAUGUUGGCAAACUCGUUAUUCAUCACUAUUCAACAUUCCACAUCACUAACAAUAAUGAAAAAGUAUUCCUACAGUGA